AUGACGAAUGCAAUGAUUAGGGAUAUUUGGGCUUUGGGAAACUGGGAAAUAGUUGCAGUUUGGAUUAUAACGCACUUAUUGGACAGUAAAAUAAUCGAAUAUAAGAAACUCUUUAAACUAUUUGACUUAGCCAACAAGUCGUGUCUUUACUCUUUAGACGAAGGUCCUUUAAAUUUUGAAUUCCAGACCAAAAAUAAAUUUUAUAAAUCAUUGGUGACGUCCGACAGCACCAACUACAAUGUUUCAAGUCACAACAACACUAUCAUUUCAAAUGCUGUAACAACAACAACAACGAUGGCACCAAGCACAAUAAUUGCAAUCGCAACAGAACCAACUACAAGUAAAAUUCCACCAACCACAAAAAUUCAACACCCAUGUUGGAUAAGCAAAAAACGAAAAAAAAUUAUUCUUAGGCAAAAUUAUGAAGAAAAAUUAAUGUUAGCAUCAACUAGAAGAUUUCUAACCACGACAACACAAUCAAAAAGUACAAUAUCACCAACCACGAUGUUUCCAGAUACAAAUAAACCAGCUACAAUGACUCCAGUAAUUUCAAAAACUGUAAAAACAACAACGAUGGCUCAAACCACGAUAAUUCCAUCUACAACAAUGACAAUGCCAACUACAAAAAUACCAACAAUUUCAUCUAAAAUAUUUCCAGGCACAACAGUAACUUUAAACACAGUUACAACGGCUAUGGCAUCAAACACAACAUUUCCAACUACGACAACGCCAGCGGCAAGUAUAAUGUCAUCAAUUACAAUGUUUCCAGAUACCAAAACUCCAAUCACAGUAACACCAAUAAUUUUAAGCACUGCAACAACAACAACUAUGGCAUCAACGACAGUAAUUAUAUCUAUAAAUCUGACAAUGCCAACCACACAAAUACCAACAAUUCCAUCUACAAUAUUUCUGGAUACUUCUACACCAACAACAAUGACACCAUUAAUUGCAAACAGUGCUACAACUGUGGCAUCAACCUCAAUAUAUCCAACUAAUACAAGACCAAUACUAAGUACAAUGUCUACAACUUCAAUGUCUGACUCAAAAACAACAGCAAUAAUAACCCCAAUAAUUUCAAAUACGAUAACUUCAACAUCUAUGACACCAACUAUAAUAAUUACAACAACUAUAACAGACCUAAGUAAAAUGUCACCAACCGCAAGGUCUCAGCACCCAUUAUGGAUAAGCAAACAACGAAAGAGAAGAAUGUUUAGGCAAAAAUGUUACGAAAAGAAACUUAUGUCAUCGAAUAAAAUAUUUCUAACUACAAUAACAACAACACAAUCUCCAGUCACAACGUUGCCUGACACAAAAACACCAAUAACACCAAUAAUUUCAAACACUGCAACAACAACCGUUGAAUCAACCACAACAUUUCAAACUACGACACCAAGUAUUAUGCCACCGACCACCGACCACAGGAUUCAAUGGUUUGAUCUAAUUGAUCGAAUGAAUCUGUUCGACGACGAACUUAACCGAACAGUGAUGACACCAAUCACAACAAAACCACGUACUAUGUCACAAAUUACAAUGUUUCCGGAAACAAUAACUCCAGCCACAAUAACACCAAUUAUAUCAAACACUUCAACAACGACUAUGGUAUCAACCAAAACAUGUCUAACUACAACAAGACCAAAACCAAGUACCAUAUCACCAACCACAAUAUUCCCAGGUACAGCAACACCAGCUACAUUGACACUAGUAAUUUCAACCACUGCAACAAUAACUACGUCAUCAACCACAACAAGUGAAAUAUCAAAUNAGUUUUUGAACAAUUCAUUUUCAAAUAAUUAUUUGUUUGAAUUUCGUUUAUUGCCUCAAGAAGUAUAUAAAUAUUUAGCGACAGCACCAACUACAAUGUUUCAAGUCACAACAACACUAUCAAUUUCAAAUGCUGUAACAACAACAACAACGAUGGCACCAAGCACAAUAAUUGCAAUCGCAACAGAACCAACUACAAGUAAAAUUCCACCAACCACAAAAAUUCAACACCCAUGUUGGAUAAGCAAAAAACGAAAAAAAAUUAUUCUUAGGCAAAAUUAUGAAGAAAAAUUAAUGUUAGCAUCAACUAGAAGAUUUCUAACCACGACAACACAAUCAAAAAGUACAAUAUCACCAACCACGAUGUUUCCAGAUACAAAUAAACCAGCUACAAUGACUCCAGUAAUUUCAAAAACUGUAAAAACAACAACGAUGGCUCAAACCACGAUAAUUCCAUCUACAACAAUGACAAUGCCAACUACAAAAAUACCAACAAUUUCAUCUAAAAUAUUUCCAGGCACAACAGUAACUUUAAACACAGUUACAACGGCUAUGGCAUCAAACACAACAUUUCCAACUACGACAACGCCAGCGGCAAGUAUAAUGUCAUCAAUUACAAUGUUUCCAGAUACCAAAACUCCAAUCACAGUAACACCAAUAAUUUUAAGCACUGCAACAAUAACAACUAUGGCAUCAACGACAGUAAUUAUAUCUAUAAAUCUGACAAUGCCAACCACACAAAUACCAACAAUUCCAUCUACAAUAUUUCUGGAUACUUCUACACCAACAACAAUGACACCAUUAAUUGCAAACAGUGCUACAACUGUGGCAUCAACCUCAAUAUAUCCAACUAAUACAAGACCAAUACUAAGUACAAUGUCUACAACUUCAAUGUCUGACUCAAAAACAACAGCAAUAAUAACCCCAAUAAUUUCAAAUACGAUAACUUCAACAUCUAUGACACCAACUAUAAUAAUUACAACAACUAUAACAGACCUAAGUAAAAUGUCACCAACCGCAAGGUCUCAGCACCCAUUAUGGAUAAGCAAACAACGAAAGAGAAGAAUGUUUAGGCAAAAAUGUUACGAAAAGAAACUUAUGUCAUCGAAUAAAAUAUUUCUAACUACAAUAACAACAACACAAUCUCCAGUCACAACGUUGCCUGACACAAAAACACCAAUAACACCAAUAAUUUCAAACACUGCAACAACAACCGUUGAAUCAACCACAACAUUUCAAACUACGACACCAAGUAUUAUGCCACCGACCACCGACCACAGGAUUCAAUGGUUUGAUCUAAUUGAUCGAAUGAAUCUGUUCGACGACGAACUUAACCGAACAGUGAUGACACCAAUCACAACAAAACCACGUACUAUGUCACAAAUUACAAUGUUUCCGGAAACAAUAACUCCAGCCACAAUAACACCAAUUAUAUCAAACACUUCAACAACGACUAUGGUAUCAACCAAAACAUGUCUAACUACAACAAGACCAAAACCAAGUACCAUAUCACCAACCACAAUAUUCCCAGGUACAGCAACACCAGCUACAUUGACACUAGUAAUUUCAACCACUGCAACAAUAACUACGUCAUCAACCACAACAAGUGAAAUAUCAAAUACUUUAAAGAAUCCGAACCCAUUAAUGUUAAGCAAGAGACAAUUGAAACGUAGGAGACGAAUGAAACAUAGAAUACAUCCAACGAUUGCGACCACACCAUCUAUAAAAACAGUAACUACUCCAACUACAACGCCAACACCUAUUCCAACUACAAUGUUUCCAGACACAACAACAUUAGCAACAACAACCCCAGUACAAUUUCAAACGCUGCAACCUAUAAAAACAGUAACUAGUCCAGCUACAAUGUUUCCAGACACAACAACAUUAGCAACAACAACCCCAGUACAAUUUUAAACGCUGCAACAGCAACAACACAACCAACGAUUUUUCCAAUCACAACAAUUCUAUCAACAUCGACACCAACACCAAUAUUUCCAAACACAAAGACAUCAGCAACAGGGACACCAAUAUUCUCCAAUACAACAACAACAAUGGCAAUGGCCUUCGCCGCAACAAUUAUAUCAAUAUCCCCACUAACGCCAAGUACAAAGUAACCAAUCACAUUUUUCCAGGCACAAAAUCACCAAAAACAUUGAUACCAGUAAUUUAAAUUACUUUAACAGAUCCAACACUUGACACAAUUCCAUCAACUAUAGGGACUCCAAACCUAUAACCGUUGAGCAAAAAACAUAAAUCAUAGUUAAGACAAUAUUACAAAAAAAACUUUAGUUUAUCACGUGAUAUAUAGCGAACAUAUAUACCACACAUAAUUUUUAUGAAAAUGUAUUUUAUAGUAUAUCAAAAUGUACAAAAAAAUAAUAAUAUUAAUUUAAAUAGUUGUUUGACAUUAAGUCUAUACCAUUGUAUAAUUAAUUUUCUAAUAUUGUAUUAUAUCUACACUGCCAUUUUAAUAGUAAUUAUUAAUACAACCACUUACACACAUUACACAACUUUAUAUAUUACUUUUACUAUACAUAUUUAU